AUGGCUUGCAGUAGAGGCAUGGUGAUGAGUGCCUUCUUCUGGUCUGUGGCCAUAGUUUAUCUUACCAACACAAGAGGUGUCAGUGGAGACUGCUGGCUCAUCGAGGGGGAAAAGGGCUUUGUGUGGCUAGCGAUUUGCAGUCAGAACCAGCCACCUUACGAGGCCAUUCCCCAGCAUAUAAACAGCACCAUUGUGGACCUUCGCCUGAAUGAGAACAAGAUUAAAAGCAUCCACUACUCUGCCCUCAGCCGCUUUGCCAACUUGACAUACCUGAACCUGACAAAGAAUGAAAUCUCCUACAUAGAGGAUGGGGCCUUCUCAGCCCAGUACAACUUACAAAUCCUCCAAAUGGGCUUCAACAAACUGCGCAAUCUGACUGAGGGUAUCCUCAGGGGGUUAGGCAAGCUUCAGUAUCUCUACCUCCAGGCCAACCUGAUUGAGACUGUGGCAGCCAAUGCCUUUUGGGAGUGCAUAAACAUAGAGAACAUCGACCUCUCCAUUAAUCGUAUCCAAGUGCUAGACGGAUCCACCUUUGCCUCCUUGACUAAGUUGAGCACUUGUGAGCUCUACACAAACCCUUUCAAUUGCACUUGUGAGCUUCUGGGCUUUGUCAAAUGGUUUUCAACGUUCCCAAACAGAACAAAUGAACGCAUGGUUUGUGACUCUCCCCAAAGCUAUUCUGGCUAUAGUCUCCUGACAACCAGUCCAAACAACCCUGGUACCCGCAAUGCACUGUACAUUCUGUCCACUGUGUGCUCUGACGACAAUCCGGAUGAAAAAUAUAUACACCCCCGUGUGCCUGUUGAAAUCACCACCCCUCCCCCCUCCACAACAUCCUGUGUGGGGGAUGACUGUUCAUCAGGAAUGGAACCUGGACUGGAGGAAAUUAGCACCAGUCCUGCAUUUGUAGAUCCAGAAACAAAACCAGUGAUGCAGGUGAAGGAGGUUAAACCCAGGAGUGCCAUCAUUGCCAUUGAGAUUCCACACCGAUUCAAGAAAUUGUACAUCCUGGUCCAGUACAACAACAGCUUUUACACCGUCAUCAAGAACCUCAAAGAAGAGCAAGAGGAUGUUGUGUUGACAGAUCUGAAACCUCAAACGGUAUACAACUACUGUGUGAUAUCCUUGCGCAACAACUUAAGUCACAACCACACGUGUCUGCAAAUAACAACAGGGUCUAUAGGAGGGAAAGGAAAGUCAAUUGGUAAUGCAACGGCAACUCACUACAUUAUGACCAUCUUGGGCUGCCUCUUUAGCAUGGUGAUUGUGUUAGGGGUAGUCUACUACUGCUUGCGCAAGAAGCGGCAGCAAGAUGAGAAGCACAAAAAGGCAGGCAGCCUCAAGAAAAAUAUCAUUGAACUGAAGUAUGGGGCAGAAUUGGAAGGAGGGACUAUAUCACGAAUGUCUCAGAAGCAGAUGAUGGCUGGGGAAAGCAUGUCCCGCAUGCCAUACCUACCCUCUGGUAGUGAUAUGGACCAAUAUAAACUGCAAGACAUAAGUGACACUCCUAAAAUGGCGAAAGGGAGCUACAUGGAGGUUCGUACGGGAGAUCAUCCAGAUCGCAGAGAGUGUGAAAUGGCCAUGCCAGGAAACAGCCAAGGCUCAGUGGCAGAAAUCUCAACCAUCGCAAAGGAGGUGGACAAAGUCAACCAGAUCAUCAACAACUGUAUAGACGCCCUGAAAUCAGAGUCUACGUCAUUCCAGGGAGUAAAGUCAGGCGCCGUCUCCACGGCUGAACCACAGCUCGUCCUGAUCUCAGAGCAGCCUCAGAGCAAGUCGGGCUUCCUGUCGCCCAUGUACAAAGACAGCUACCACCACUCACUGCAGAGGCACCACGCCUCAGAUGCGUCACCCAAGCGGCCGAGCACUGCGACCGGAGGUCCCAUGCGAAGUCCCAGGCCAUAUCGCCACGAGGGGCCCUACAAGUCUGAGUCCAAGUACAUAGAGAAAACCUCGCCAUCCGGUGAGACCAUCAUGACUGUUACCCCGGCUGCUGCGAUUCUACGGGCCGAGGCGGAGAAGAUCAGACAGUACAGUGAGCAUCGGCACUCAUAUCCCGAGUCCCACCAGAUUGAGGAGCUGGAGGGGCCUGAUUGUCGCAAGUCCAUUUUGGAGCCCUUGACGCGGCCUCGGCCCAGAGACUUAGCUUAUUCACAGCUCUCGCCACAGUACCACAAUCUCAGCUACUCCUCCAGUCCAGAGUACUACUGUAAACCGUCGCACAGCUUCUGGGAGCGUUUCAAACUCAACCGCAAACGUCACAAAGAUGAGGAGUACAUGGCAGCAGGCCAUGCUCUUCGUAAGAAAGUGCAGUUUGCCAAGGAUGAAGAUCUGCAUGACAUUUUAGACUACUGGAAAGGUGUAUCUGCCCAACAGAAAUCUUAA